CUUUUUAGUGGCAGAGAGCAUUUUUGGCCGAUGCUGCAACACAUUGGAACAUUCUUGGUUUCUGCGAGUAUGUCGUGGUAGGCUUAUAGGAAUGCCGGAACGGCCAGUCCCUGCUCAAAGAAGGAUGUGCGAUCUUGCAGGGUACCCUUCGGCAGCGACAUCAUCACCGCGGGUCUUGCAUGCAGCCGCUUGGCUCACGAUCUCGGGUAUCGGGCUUUUGUGUGGUCGUGCCUCUGGGCUUGUUUCCCCCUUUACAAGCGCGCCACUCGCCGACGCGCAUGUCUGGUCCCGAGAUGGCCGAGUUGGCAGCGCUAGUGCAGACCAGGACCGGGCGCGCGCGGGCAAGGCGCCUCGGGUGGCUGGGGGCCCCGGCAAGCGAGCGCCCCGCCUGCGCCGUGCCCGACGGGCCGAUGCUCCCUGCAGAUGCCGUGGACCAGUCCGUGGGCCUGGUGGACGUAUUCUCCCGUGGCUCGAAGAACCACCGCAGGGGCCAAUGCAUGCCCUGUCGCAGCAACGGAGGCGGCCUUCCGUGCCCGCGCGGUGAGACGUGCGACUGCUGCCACUACUGCCACGGGUCAGACAAGUUCCUCGUCAUGAAGCGUGUCACUAACCGCGACAAGCGCACUGGCGCAGAUACUGAAUGGCCGACCGCAUCUGCUUCCUGUGAGGCGCCUCAGUCAACUCAGCAGGAGCCGACGCAGCAGGAUGAGUGGUGCGCCACCAGCUUGCCAGUCCCGCCCCUACCAGGUGUGGGGUUUGCUCUCAGGCACCGCAGCCCCCAGCAGCUCGCAGCGAUGCUCAACGAGGCGGCGCCGGACUACUACGAGGACUGACGCGGUGCUGCAGGCGGCAGGGUGUGCAGGCGGCAGGGUGGACAUCUAUCGCAGAGCAGACGAGAGUGAGGGGUCCGAACGGCCUUGCUCCGUCCGUGGGUACGCAGAGCCUCGACGUCGCGCCGUCGAACGGCUUUACAUUGAUGCUCGAGUCUCGCGACCCACUUCCCGUUGUUCUGCAACUGCAGAUCAGCGCCGGCAGCGAGCUGGUCGGCUCUAAGAUGGGGAGGGCCAAAGGCAGGGUGGAGCCCCGCAGCCUGACAAGGCAGCCCAGACGCCCCCCGACUCUUGACAUCCAGCAGUUGAGUAUUUUUAUUCGCUAUCACAUGUGCAAAGUGUGCUGGGUUGGUAUUUGUUCCCGUGCGCGCUUUCUAAUCGAAUUAGUAUUCCACGUAUUGGACGGGUUUAGCCAGGUGACGAAUUGCACCGCGGCCGUCAUCAUAUGAUGGUCACUGUAAGUUUAUAUUUGAAUAAUCUGAUCAUGCUGAAUAGGUUGUACCCUAUACUGCCGCUCACCUGGGAAACAUACCAUCUGAUCAUAUUUGCACUGCCGCUCGCCGAGAAA